CAGAUUUCCAGGACGUCCUGAAGGAGCCCACGAUUGCCCUGGAAAAGCUUCGGGAUCUCAGUUUUAGCGGCAUCCCCUGUGAGGGCGGACUGCGGUGCCUCUGCUGGAAGAUUCUCCUGAACUACCUCCCCUUGGAGAGAGCCGCAUGGACCUCCAUCCUGGCCAAGCAGAGGGAGCUGUAUUCUCAGUUCCUGAGGGAGAUGAUCAUCCAGCCUGGUAUUGCCAAGGCCAACAUGGGUGUGUCCAGGGAGGAUGUGACCUUUGAGGACCACCCCCUCAACCCCAGCCCUGACAGCCGGUGGAACACAUACUUCAAGGACAACGAGGUGCUGCUGCAGAUCGACAAAGAUGUCCGGAGGCUGUGCCCAGAUAUAUCCUUCUUCCAGAGGGCCACCGAGUACCCAUGCCUCCUCAUCCUGGACCCCCAGAAUGAGUUCGAGACCCUUCGUAAGCGGGUGGAACAGACAACGCUGAAGUCCCAGACAGUGGCCCGGAACCGUAGCGGGGUGACAAAUAUGAGCUCCCCGCACAAGAACUCGGCGCCCUCAUCCCUGAAUGAGUACGAGGUGCUGCCCAAUGGCUGUGAGGCCCACUGGGAAGUGGUGGAGCGAAUCCUGUUCAUCUACGCCAAGCUCAACCCUGGCAUCGCUUACGUGCAGGGCAUGAACGAGAUUGUGGGGCCCCUCUACUACACCUUUGCCACUGACCCCAACAGCGAGUGGAAAGAGCACGCAGAGGCGGACACCUUUUUCUGCUUCACCAACCUCAUGGCUGAGAUCCGGGACAACUUCAUCAAGAGCCUGGACGACUCGCAGUGUGGCAUCACCUACAAGAUGGAAAAGGUGUACUCCACCUUGAAGGAUAAGGAUGUGGAGCUCUACCUGAAGCUGCAAGAGCAGAACAUCAAGCCCCAGUUCUUCGCCUUCCGCUGGCUGACGCUGCUGCUCUCGCAGGAGUUCCUGCUGCCCGACGUCAUCCGCAUCUGGGACUCGCUCUUUGCCGACGACAGCCGCUUCGACUUCCUCCUCCUGGUCUGCUGUGCCAUGCUCAUACUGAUCCGGGAGCAGCUGCUGGAAGGCGACUUCACCGUAAACAUGCGGCUCCUGCAGGAUUACCCCAUCACAGAUGUCUGUCAGAUCCUACAGAAAGCCAAGGAACUCCAAGACUCCAAGUAGUCUUGUUGCGAGAGGCCCAGGUUUGGGAGACAAGCCGCCAGCCCCGGCACCCAGGCUCUGGGAGAUGCAGAACGCUGUGGGCUCCAGCCGAGGAGAAGCUGCUGCGUGGCCAGCCCCAGGCCUUCUCACCGGUGCCCUCACCCGUGGCCGCUCCCAUGGGAGCACACUGUGCCAUGCUCCUUCCUCUCCCCGGCCCCGGCGCCUCUCCCUGUUCUCAGCCCUGGCACCUGCGGCCCAGGCUGUGCGGGAUGGCUGGCACUGACGAGGUGGGCCAGUGGGGGCACACUGGAGGCUGGCAAGGGCCCGCCUCACUUCUGCCCUGCUGCUCCCUUGUUCCACACCUGCUCUGGCCUUUGGGCUCCAGCUGGGGGAGGUGCUUGGCAGGUGAGCCAGAAACCACUUCUGGGGGCGGUGCUUAGGCGUCUCCAUGGGGAAGGCGACUCCAGAGGAGCUGAGAGGCCGCGGGGCCCAGUCUCACCUUCUGUUUCCCUCACAGUGUGUGUCUGUCCAGUCGUAGGUCAGCGUGUGUCUUUGGUGUGUGUGUGUGGGGGGGGUGCCAUGCCCCCCGGGUCUCCGCUUCUCCUGUCUCCUGCCUGUCUCUUGUCUCCAGAGGAGCCGAGAGGCCGCGGGGCCCAGUCUCACCUUCUGUUUCCCUCACAGUGUGUGUCUGUCCAGUCGUAGGUCAGCGUGUGUCUUUGGUGUGUGUGGCGGUGUGUGUGUGUGUGGGGGGGGUGCCAUGCCCCCCGGGUCUCUGCUUCUCCUGUCUCCUGCCUGUCUCUUGUCUCCUGCUUUCAGAGGGUGGCGUGACUCCCACUCUGACUACUUCUCCUUUACCUUGUCUUUUCUUGGGGUGCCUUAUCCCCAGCCUCUUGCCCUCUGCACCCCCUCCACUCCCGUGAACCCCAAAGACAGAAUGGGAUUCUGGCCCUGCAAAGCACCUAGAGGCCAGUCUUGGCCUUGGGCCCUGUCCCCAUCCCCUCGUGCUACACGCCCAGGUCCCCCAGACUGGGAGGGCAUCCACAGCGCCUCAUUUUGGGGCUCUGAACCUGCUCCCCACCACAGGAAUUGUGGAAUCCAAAGGCUGCCAGAGAAUGAUGGCCUGCCCGGCUUUGGACCUCCCCCCUCGGCUGCCCAGGGGUGGACUGUGCUCCCCCAGGCUUUUCUCCCACAGGCUAAGGACAAGAAGGUGGUGCUGUCCGGGUUGGGGUCCAAGUGCUUCAGCAGUGUCCUAUUUCCCGGGCGCCGGAGCCCAGCGAGGGCCGGUCCCGCCAGUGCUGGGGGAGUGUGCUCCCCCGCCGGCUGCAGGCAGUGCUCACCCUCGCCUGGUUGCUCCCGGGCUGUCCCCAUGUUGGGGCGGGGGGUCUCCGAGCAGGAGCAGCCGGGUGUGUGUGUGUUUUGUGUUUGGGGGGCGUGAGUGUGUGUUGUGUGUGGGGGGCUCGUUCUGAAGGCAGGUGGUCUGGGUCUGGAGGGCCGGGUCACGGAUAAUGGGUCCUCCCUUCCCUAGGCUGGCCCACAGGAGCCUUGGCCCAGGGUCCUUGUGCCCUUGACCCUCCCCCCAUCUGACAGGGUUGCUGUGGCCCAGCAGGCCUGCCGCCUCUCCAGGCUGCUGCUUUGCCAGCCACACUGAGGCGCUGCUUGGACUUGAUGCACUUGCUUUUUUGUUCCCUUCUCCCCCAACACAGGAUUUGGGAGAUCUUCCUAUUUAUUUAGGGUCUGGGUAUUUAUUGCAGAUUGGCAAGUGCUUGGUUCGGGAGGCAGGGAGGCAGAACGGAGUUGGCGACACGGCGGGGGCUGGGACAUGAGAGCUGGGAUCCUCCCCAGACACCCCUGCCUGGGCCUGAGACGCCCCGACUCCCACCAGCCUGGCCCACCAUUUCCCAGAACCUGGCAGCUGGUGGUUCAGUCCUGCCCUUGACCCCUUCACAGUGAGGCCUGGGCCACCACCAGGGACCCAGCAGACACUGCCUAGACACCUGAUGCAUUCCCUCUUGCCUGUCCCCUGUGUUUUGGGGGCCAUGCUACUUGAAUCACUGCGUCUAAUUUGCCUCAGUGGCAGCCCUGGGGCCAGUGCCCUCUCUUUGACCUUGGAGUGAAGGUCAGGAGCACCAGGACUCCGCUGUGGAUAUGACCUGCCCAAGGGUCCUGCUUUUGGCCAGUUUCCUCCCAGGCCCUCAAGGGAGAUGGGAGAGCCAGAGUGCCCCAGGUGUCCUGCUGGGGAAGCUGCCCCCUCCCCAUGUUGGAACCUGUACUCCCCAGCAGUCCUCAUUCCAGGGUCAAUGUUAGCUUUUGUUUGUUCAUCUGUUUUGUUCCUUGAAUCAAUGCUAUUGACAAAUUGUGUUGAAUAAAUCAUGUGUUCUUUGC